UGGUGACAUGUGAGGGAGGGGGAAACGGUUAAAAAUCGCAUUUUUGAAUUUUUUGUUGCUUUUGAGUUUUGUUAUUUGGUUUCAUCUACAUCUAUCCCUUUGAACUCGAUUCUCAAUCUAAUUAUGGGUUCUUGCAAUAAACAGAAAUCUAUAGCAAUAAACUUAGAUAUUGGAGAUCAGUUAACUUCUAUAUCAUGUGGUCAUGUAGUCGUGGAACUCAUAAAAUUCAUCGCUUACCAGAGGUUACAAAUACCGUACACUUACCAGUGGUUGAAACAAAUAGUAACAAAAAAGAAGAUGUGUGAGGACGAAGAAAAGAAGGACAGCUUUCAGUCUGAGAGGCAUUUUAGGAUAGCAUCGACCGCACUCGAUAAUUUGGACUUUAUUUUGAAGAGCUUAUUGGCAGAGAUAGGCGGUCCUUCAACUCCAGAAGAAGUUUGCAUAGCUCUGGGUGCUACUCCAGUGACGUGUAAGGAGGUGUACAGAUUAAUUCUGCCCUCCGCCGUCCAUAAACCACAGUGCCAUUCUCCUCAUAUUGCCAAUGACCAGAAGAUCCAGCGUAAUGUGUUCAGAACUCUGGUGACAUCAGAGACUUUGAGUCAAGUUUUCUUCAGUUCCUUGCCGCCAACUAACAUGUAUGUGUUCAUAAAAAAGAAGAAUGUGAGCAAUCAAGAUGAAGUGGUGAACCCAGAUAACUUUGUUCUCACAAGUGGCUGCAGAAUACCCAGAAAUUCUCGGAUUGUCACACUGGAUUUUAGAAGUCCGAAUACAGAAAAUAUCUCAUGUUGUAAUGACUUCCAUGUGUUUGGUGAUGCCAUCAGUAACAAUUUAGAAAACCUACAAAUUCAAGAGAAUGUUGAUGACUAUGAAGAAGAAUUUAACGAAAUUGAAUCUACUGACAGUUUGAAAUGGUAUCAAUCUUCGUACGUAAUGAAAGGUUUCAAAGACUGCACAGUAAAUGGAAGUUCAGUUACAAAUUCAUGGUUGGAGUCUUGAUGUAAGUAAAUUAAUACUUAGCUCUUAAGUAGGACCAAUUACAUACAACUUUGUUAGAAAACUUUUUAUUGCUCAAUUUUUAUUAAUACAUAUUGACUGAUGUUAUAUUGAUUUUCUAUUAACAUUUAUAUAAGAGCUUAUUAUGUAAUAGCUAAUUUUAUUUCAAGUU